AUGAUGCCGCCAAUACGCGGGACUUCGGCAGCUCCCAGAGCCCGUGAAGGGAGCUACGAAGACCUGGACGGGUGUGCUUCUGAAACAAGACUACAAGACCAGGAGAGCCUCAUGACCAGAGGAGAUCCAAACUCCGUGGACGACACGACUACUAAGAACGGACGAGACGAGUCCCCUACCAGCGAUGACGACCAAGCUCUCGGUAUCAGACGAAUCGAAUACCUGACCGAUGUAGCCCAUAAUACUCCAGGGCUCCCGCUGGACGCGACCCUGCGGACAAGUUUAACACAACUGCCAAAUGAAACUUACACCAACACCGAAUCACCGCGCUUGCGAGCGAUUGACCCAGCAAGCUUUAAAGACGCGGGAACGAAGUCUGGAGAGCAGCAGCGCCUCACCCCAGUCCCAAAGAAGAUUGCCGAAGGGGCUGAGGAAGACGCUACGAUCCCUUCGUCCCUUACUGACGCGAAGGCUUACACACGGCCUCCCGGUCUAAAGGCCGCCGUGCGCUCCCAGAAAACAGCUACCUCGCAGGCCACAACUACGGCAACUACCCCUGGGACUCAGAUCUUCAAAAACCGGAGGUCAAAGAGGCUUAGACCUCCCCCCACGCCCCGAUCGAGUUCGACAACGUCAGGGGUGCCUGCGAACCUGGCAACAACCCCUGGUUACGAAACUGGACCUGCUCCCGGGGUGCCUCCCGUCUUCACGCAAGCCCAAAUCGAAGCAAUCAUGCGGGGCGACGUAACAGGCAUCCCCGAGGCUCGGCACGUCGAUAUCGAAGAGCGUCUGUACCCUGUCUCACCAGCCGACCUGGAACGUCAGCUCGUCCGACCCAAACAGGAGAGGAAGGACGUGACUCAGGAAGAUAUCGUUAGGGUGGUUACCAUGGCUCUUCACCGGUCCUUGACACGGGACGACGCGCAUCUGUUCGAGUCACCUUUGGACAUCGACGACCCAGAUCGCUGGCUCAACUGGUUCUCCAGCACCCUGGAAACAUGCGACAAGGCCCGGACGGCUAACCGCAACUUCGAAAACGCUCGAGUGGCGAUCAUUUCCGACACGCGGUGGUCACGUUUCCAGCGAAAAAACCUGGCCUCAAACGAUCUACCUGGCUUUGGACCCUUCCCUGAGACCGUUUGCACGCCACCCGAGGGUGACGUCCUACCUAUCGGAGGUACUGAAAUUCCCCGUCUACCCGCUCGACACCUGGUCAAAGUACACGGAGCCGUACAGUACCACUUAACCGACGACCAGGCCUCUUUCGCCCUACCAUUGCGGGACUUGGAGCUCACACGAUUACCCUCGGCCAUCUGGCGCAUCCGUCGCAGGACGCUCUCAUCCCGGCACCACUACCUGGACCUCGCCCUCGGGUGCCAUCACAUUGAAAGCGCCCUCGCCACCCCUGACGGCCGGCCGCAAACCCCGAAGUCUCUCUCUCCGGGUGUCGUUGACUCAAACAAUCCCCACAAUCCCGUCGAGGUCGAGCCCCUCGACGUCGAAACCUCCUAUCUGGGGGCCCCGACGGUCGAAUUGCCAUUCCUGGACCUAAAUGAUGACGAGCUCCUCUCAAUGGCAGCACCAUUCCCUCGACCUGACCAAAGGGUGUGCCAAGUGGGUUCCAAUCCGAACGCCCCGUUGGUUCAGGUCCGCAUCCAAACGGCGGACACGCUCGCGUUAGUGGAUACAGGAGCUUCCGUAACGGUAAUUAGCGAGGCAUUCUGGAACGAGCUCGGGGGUCCUCCACUCCAAAAACCGGCGUAUGGGUUGGUCUCGGCAUCCAACACGCCUAUACGAACGCUGGGCCUCCGGUACUUCACCAUCACUCUAGCGGAAAAACAAACGACCUUCCCGGUAUGGGUACUGGUCGACUCCGUCAGCCAGUGUAUUCUGGGGAUUAACCUGUUGCGCAAACUCAAGGCCCUCGUCGACCUCUCGACCAACUGCGUUGGUUUUAAAGAUUCUCCCAUAACCCUACCUUUCCACAACGACGACGCCCAGGCGACACCAAGAAUGGUAGCACAUCUCAAACGUGGGGACCCGCGGGAACCACCGGCACAGAAGACUCAAGAACCCGCGCCUUUGGCUUCACUACACAACGUGCCGACCAACUGGCCCACUGUCCCCACUUCCACGGUCUAUGUCAAAAGCAACUCCCGCAGGCUUAUCUUAUGCCGCAUCUCGUCAAACCUCCCGGAACGGUGCCCUAUACUGGUGGAGUCCACUGCUUCGUUGUCCCAUUUACAUAUCGCCCGUUCGAUCAACAUCGUCCGGAAGGAAGGCUUCUGGGUCCAGGUGCGGAACCACUCGGACACGAAAUUAGUAAUUCGCCCCACAGACGCCAUCGGAGUGGUUUCCCACCUCCCGGACGACUACAUGGACCACACGGACGCUCCCGCAUCGGACACGUCGACCACCCUGUCGCCCCGGAGCGCGACUUCUCUGUCGAGGGGAGAGAGGAAGGCACCACAGGAGGCGGAAACACUCUGCGCACUAACCACAGGAGCAAGUACGAAACCAGGCAAGGAAGAGAUCCAAAUUGACUGGAAGGAUUCCAGCCUGAGCCUCGAACAGAAAGAACUCCUCCGAAAACUCCUCCUGCGCUUCGACUCUUCGUCUCGACAUCAAAAGCCCCGGGAAGGACUGACCUGA